UUCUCUCUCUUCUCUCUUCUCUCUUCUCUCUUCUCUCUGUGUAUAUAUAUAUAUAUAUAUGUGAAGCAGAAAUGUUUUGUAUUGUUGUGAAAAUGGAAGAGAAAGCAGAAAAUUGGAUUUGGAUAUGUAUGGGAACAGGGGUAGCAGUUUUGUGGUUGAUUUAUAAGAUGAGAAAAAAGCAAAAUGAAGAGAAAGAAAGAGCAAGUGGAGUUCCAAGAGGAAAUUCUGGUUGGCCUCUUUUAGGAGAAACGCUCGAUUUCAUUGCUUCUGGAUGCUCUUCUCGUCCUGUCACUUUCAUGGAAAAACGAAAGUCCCUGUACGGGAAUGUGUUCAAAAGUAAUAUACUAGGAAAAGGAAUAAUAGUAUCAACAGAUGCAGAGGUGAACAAAGUGGUUCUACAGAACAAUGGAGAUGUAUUUAUACCAUGUUAUCCAAAAUCAAUAACAGAAUUAUUUGGGAAGAAUUCGAUAUUGCAAAUGAAUGGUCCAGUUCAUAAAAGACUACACGGACUGAUCGGGAGUUUCUUAAAAUCGCCGCAACUCAAGGCUCGUAUUACACGAGACAUCGAUGCCUCCGUCCGCCAUUUCUUGUCAACAUGGCUGGAAAAACAACACAGCAUCGUCUAUGUACAAGAUGAAGCCAAAAAGAUUUCAUUUGAAGUAUUAGUCAAGCUGAUACUAAGCGUGGACCCUGGAGAAGAAUUGAACUUGCUCAAGAAAGAAUUUGAAGAACUCACCAAAGGCUUGAUUUGUUUGCCCAUUAAGCUUCCCGGAACCACUCUCUACAAAUCUUUAAAGGCGAAAGAAAGGUUAACAAGAAUGGUAGGGAAGAUGGUAGAGGAGAGAAAAUUGAGCAUGGAGAAAAAAGAAGAAAAGGGGUUGUUCCCAAAUGAUGCAAUUGACGUGCUCUUAGGGAAUGCUAAUGGGGCAAAGCAACCACUGCCGUAUGAUUUCAUCAGUGCCAACUUGAUAGAGAUGAUGAUCCCUGGAGAAGAGACCGUACCAACGGCGAUCACCUUAGCUGUCAAAUUUCUGAGUGACAACCCCCUCGCUCUAGCUCGCUUGCAGGAGGAGAAUUUGGAAUUGAGGCAGCAGAAGAUAAGCUGCUGUGAGGAUUAUAGUUGGACAGAUUAUUUGUCAAUGCCCUUCACUCAGAAUGUUAUCAGUGAAACGUUGAGAUUGGCAAAUAUCAUUAAUGCAGUUUGGAGAAAAUCUCUCAAAGAUGUCAAAAUUAAAGGGCAUUUGAUACCAAAAGGAUGGUGUGUUUUGGCAUCCUUCACUUCAGUUCACAUGGAUGAAGAAAAUUAUGAAAAUCCAUACAAUUUUGAUCCCUCCAGAUGGGAGAAAGUUGGAGUUGCUGUGACCAGCAAUACAUUUACACCCUUUGGUGGAGGACAGAGGCUAUGUCCUGGUUUAGAACUUUCAAGGCUUGAAAUCUCCAUUUUCCUCCACCAUCUUGUCACCACCUACCGAUGGGUGGCAGAGAAGGAUGAGAUUGUCUAUUUUCCAACAGUGAAGAUGAAGAACAAACUGCCUAUCAACAUCAUGCCCCUUCAGCAAAGCCCACUAAUUCAAACCAAACAAAACUAACUUUGUUCUUUAUUAUUUCCAUCCUUAAUUUCUCCAACAUGUUGCUGUCUCUCUACAAAAUUUUUUUUUUAUGUAACCAACAUUUUUUAUUAUCUCAACCAAAUAUACAUCUCUAUGUUUAAGGUAGCAAACUAAAUACAAGGUUUAUAUUUUUUUUAAAAAUAGAUUAAUAUUUAG